CUGACAUGAUUGUGUUAUUGCGUCUCCACGGUAACACUUUAGUUUUCGGUGCAUUAUAAAUCAUUUUAUGCACUUUGCUGUCGAGGUGGCUUUAAAAAGGCAUCUAAAUGGCUCAUGUACGGACCUACAAUCCACGCGUGCGUGUGGGGAAUUGGAAAGAAGACGUGACUUUAGAAGAGGAAACUCUAAAGAACUUCAUUCUUCAAAAAGAGAGAGGUCAACUCACCGUCCAGAAAGAAGAAGUUUUGAGACAAAACAUUUUGAAACCAGUGAGUUUAUCAGUGUCGCAUGAUGGCUUUUUGCACUUUGGAGACACAGUGAUGCUGGUGAACUCUGGAGGUGGAGGUCAUGACCUGUGUGGCCCCUGUGCCCUCAGCAUCAUUGCUGACAGCAGUAAUAUUAAGUCACAUUCAGGUACAAAUUCAGUCCUCCAUCUUCUAGGGCCCCUCCAAGUCGGUGGAGCCACCAGCAUGGAUCCUUGUGUUAGAAACGCCUUUGUCAUUACAAGUGUUGAUGGGACCUCAGAUGGAGAGAUGGUCAGAUAUGAUCAGAACUUUGCCCUUAGAACUACUGCAGGCUUUUCUGGAGAGCUCUACCUUGCCAGUGAUUACAGAACUUUUCAGAAAUAUGCUAAGAAGUCUCGUCUGCAGGAGUUGAGCUUAGUAGACAACAAUGAUUUCCUGUGCUGGUGGAGGGUGAUUUACUUUGACCCCCAAGAAAGGCUUGAGAAUGAGGGUUACCCUGUGCAGGUGAACAGCAAGGUUUUGAUUUCCCACUGUAAGACCAAUCAGUGUCUGGCUGCUCUGGGCAAACACAUCCUGUGGACUCCAUUUGGUAAAGAGUAUGAACUCACAGCUCACACUUUCUUGGACUCCCAUAAAGCUGAGAGGGACGUUAACCAUUGGCUGUUUGUCACGGGUCAUCCUACCAAUCAGAAUCAAAGCCUACUGCAACUACAACAAAACUCUGUUAUAACAGAUGAGCACAGGGAAGACACAGAGCCAUCACAGGAGACAAAAGAACAAUAAUAGCAACGUAAAAGGGAAUAAUUACACCAGCCUUUUUUUAUAUACAGUGUUUUAUUUCUUUAUAGAUUUAAUAUUAUAUUUCUUUAUAGUAAGCUAUUAGUGUAGCAACAUUCAUUCUUCAUUUACAAUGUUGACCAUUCAGCUCCCCAACUGAGACAGUCUUCCCCCACUGCUGCCACCUGCUUGUGUUUAAAACAGAUGCCAACACUACUGAUCCAGGACAGCUCAUCCUCAAAUUCACUGUCUUUAAUCACAAUUUUUUCAAUCAGAUUGA